CACCUCUUGCUAUACUGGACUCGUCAUAAAAAAAAAAAAAAAAAAAAAGAAAAAAAAAAAGAAAAAAGAAAAAAGAAAAAAAGUGUUCCAUAAAUAAUUUUUGGAGUGUGUGAGAAAUAUAAAAAUGGCGAAGAGCAAGGAUGAUGUAAAGUAUGGAACAGCACAAGCGAAGCUAUCAGAAGAUGAAAGUUUGAGGGUGAGAUACAAGGCAGGCACCCCACUUGAAGGAGGGAAGAUUGUGGACUCUGAACCGGUUGAUCUCUUCUCCAGUGCUCGCAACACCGAUCAAGGAGGGAAGAUUGCGGACUCUGAACCUGUUGAUCUUUUCUCCAGUGCUCGAACCUCGACACCUCCUCUAAACAAGGGGGCCAAACAUCUGACCCCACCCCUCCACACGACCGUGCAACUCCAGGAGGAGACAACGCUGCUCCCACCACCACCACCACAUCUGGUUGAUGCAUGCAUGAGCAGGAACCAAAGGAGAGAGUAAUUCGAGUGAUUGUAUUUAUUUCUUUUUUCCGCAGUUAAGACUUAAUUUAGAGUUAGUUUAUACAAAAUAUACUGCAU